CUGGUUUGAAACAGUCCGGGAAAUUGGUUGAACAAUUGCGUUUAUUUUAAUUAUAAAUUGAACUUUCGAGUAAAGAUGAUUGUUUCAUUCGAAAGCUUAAUGGAAAUAAUGUUGAUGAUGGACUUGCAUUGUGCGUACGUACCACAACAAACGGUUCAAUUAACCGAAGUCUUUAAGGGCCAUUGUUAGCAUCCAAGGCCACAAUUUCCAAUUUUCUUCACUUCACGUCGAGCGGAGGUUGUGGCCGGUGCCCAAUCGUCCGUAGCCGUGUGGAGAAGACGUGAAGAGGAGAGGAGAAGACGGUAACAAGGAUGGACGUUAUGCAAAUGGGGAUGGUCCGAGAAGGAAGGCAGAGCUCCUAGACAUGUUGAGUUACCCUCAUGUCUCGCCAAUUUGCACCGGCGCAACGCCCGCGCGUUCCGUCAACCUCAGAUAAUCCUUACUUGGGUACGACGAGCAGCUUACCACUGGGUCACUCCUACGUGAAGCCGAAAGAGGUGAACUACCAUUUGAAAUGCACCGGGUCGAUUCGCGGAGCACCUUGUCCUCUGGAGCAGGACGCCUGCUUCACGGAUGAAGCGUUCACGGAGCACAGUUACUACGAUUUCUACGAUGAUCACGGUUACCAGACGAGCCCGAACAGGGCCAAGGAGGAUUCUAGUUAUUCCGACGACGAUUCGGGAUCCACGAAAUUGCCCUGCUACGAUUACGAUAACUACUCGAGCAGUAGGAGACACUCGAGGAACAAUUACUCGGAGCGGAGUAUCGGAAGGCCGAUUCCGCAGAUCGUUAAGAAGGAUUCCAGGAGAGUCUACCCCAACGACAAUGAGCACAUACAAAGGUGCGUUGAAGCCGUGCCUCAGAUCAUCCCAGCCAGGGGUCAGAUCUCCAGGACUUCGGAUAGACCUUCGAGCUCACACAGCUCCGGAGUUCCGAGCGCCAUGGUUCAUGGAUGCGGAGGCAAAUGCCAGACCUUUGAAAGUGUCUGUUAUUACUUCCUUCAGGUAGCAUUCGCUAUGGGUAUUUUAAUUGGAAUAUCCUUGGGAGUAGCAGGAUGGGUGUUGCGUAAAUCUGCGGCGAGAAAUCUGCAAGUCCUGCUGUACAUUGGUGCGAUGCUCUCCAUCGUCUGCGCUCUUCUGUUGAGCAUCCAGUGCAGCGCUCGGAAUUCCGCAAGAUUACGACAGAAAUCGCUGAGGAACGCGAAACGCGCCCCCAUCCCCAUGGAGUUCAUACCAAUCAGGGCGCCGGUCCCGGUGCACCAUCAGCAACCCCUAGUAGACAAUAGCACACUGCAAAGAGGAAUUCCGGUGACUUUGGUCCAGAUGCCCACGAGGCCGUUGCCCGAAUUGCAUUUACAAAGAUCGACCAUUGAGAGGCAUCAGCAUGUUGUUGAUCAGCAAGGAGUGCCGUGGUGGAGACGCAAGGACCUCCACUGACGUUAUUUAUUGAUUAUUAUUAAACCUGUAAUAAAACUGUACAUAGGGUAUAAACGUAUACAUAUAUAAGGACGAAGACUGAUUAUGGAAAAUGAAGAGUAAUAAUGGGAAGCAGAAGCGUAUGAACGGAACCGGCUUCCGGAACGUCCACAUUUGGAGACGAUCACUUUCGUCCGUUCUCUAGUCUAGUGUACAUUGCGGAUUAAUUCAUUCUGUAAAUACUCAAUCAAUCAAUUGACUGUAAUUGCAGCAUUGCAAUUGUUGAGAGGAAAUUAAACAAAACGAAAAAUGUAUUUUUUUUAACAAAUAAAAACGCAC